AUGCUAUCAAUCGACAAGCCCAGCACAGGCCUGCUGAUACUUUAUACUUUGGCAGCAGCGGUGGCCCUUGUCGCCUAUCGCGCCUUCUUCCUUGAUGGGAAAACCGAUCUCCUGUCACGUCUGAAGAGGUUGAUCCGACCACCACCACAAUAUGUUCACUCCCAACUAGAUGAGGGCUGUUUCCGGCUCCUUCACCUCUUGCCAGGGCGUCAUGAUGAGGAGAUUCGAGUAAAGCUUGCUAUCGUCCCGGUCGACGACCCUGUGCCGUACCAUGCUGUAUCCUACGCCUGGGGCAACCUCCGUGACAAGGCAUAUAUCAUCUGCGAGGACAAGGAGAUGCAGAUUACUAAGACUCUAUUUGAGGCACUCAAGCGCUGGCGUCUGCCCAAUGAAGAAGUCGUUCUGUGGGCAGAUUCAAUUUGCAUUGACCAGCAGAACACGGCGGAAAAGACGCAUCAAAUUGUGCGUAUGACCGAGAUCUACUCAAGAGCCGCAUCCGUUCUCAUAUGGCUUGGAAGUGAUGACAAAGACGUCGAUGGGGUUGUGGAGCUGAUCAACGAAGCCCUCGAGUUGAUUCCCGAGGUCGUAGAUGACCCGAAGAAGAAUAGAGCAGGUGCCGAGUUACUUGGCCAGCGGAACGCCGAGCGUUUUGAGAAUGGCAAGCCAACGACAAAAAGUAUUGACUGGAAACCACUACGCUCGCUUCUGAGGCACACCUGGUUCGAGCGUAAGUGGGUUUUUCAAGAGGCUGUCCUCAACGGGAAGACGUUGCUGUACUGUGGCAGAUUUGAGAUGCCCUUCGAGUCUGUAGCAGAGCUUGCUUUGCGGAUGGCAACAUUCGGUAUCCAGGCUUUGCCUAACGAUGGGUCACUUACGGAUCAAACGGUAUCAUUUAUUCCGGGGCGAUUGUACAACCUCUCCCUGAUGCGCCUGAGCCAUUGGUAUCGUGGCAAGAAACCCAUCCCUCUAAUGGAUUGGGUCAAAGCCACGCGGUCUUUCUUUUGUAGCAACCCCAGAGAUCAUAUCUUGGGUAUCUUGGGCCACGCAUCAGAUGUUGAGAAGGAUAGUAUCAUCUCCCAAGACAACUUGUACGCGUUGUCGGUUCAGGACUGCUAUUUGCGCUUCACCCGAUCUCAGCUUUUAGAGAAGCGUAACUUGAGUGUUUUAGCCUCUGCACCUCAGAGGCUCGUCAACGACGCUUUGGCCCCGUGGUACCACCGUCCAUUCAUCCGAUGGAAGAAUAGGCGAUUGUCUGGACUGCCUUCAUGGGUUCCUGAUUUGCGAAAUCAAGAGGUGGACACGUUGGCAAGCUACACUUUGCGGCACGGGAGGUUCUCGGCCGGUGGGACCGAACUAGGGAAUAUCGAGAUUUUGGAUGACAAAAUCCUCAAGUGCACGGGUAUGGUAAUCGACGAAAUUGGACACGGUGGGAUCUUCUGGCCGGAGUUGCCGUUUCCUCCCAAACCCAAGCGUGUGCCAUUUCCGCUGAAUCAGCUAGACAGCUAUCACUCGAGCAACGCCUGGAGAUCCCUCAACUUUUACCGACAAUGCGUAAAGCUCGCAUGCGGCUCAUACAACAUUGAGGACAUGUCCGCGGAGCGACUUGACGCAUUUUGGAAGACAAUGACAUGUGAGAGGAGCCAGUUGAGCGACCGCAUUGAUGUCGACAUGUCAGGUUAUGUGAAAAUGAUGAUUACAGGCAUGGAGGUUUGGUUGAACUCUGAAGACGCAGAGGAGGCCGAAAACGCAAGGAUGAGGUUCAUAGUUGCUGGACAAACGGUUGAAAUGAGUAUGCUUUCUGCCGCAACUCCUAGAAGAUUCUCUUACACGACACAAGGUCGUUUGUGUAUGGUACCAAGAGAGGCUAGAAAGGGCGAUCAUAUCUGCAUUCUUCUUGGGUCCGAGGUGCCCUUGGUGGUACGACCAACGCGGGACAGAAUGUACGAGUUGAUCGGUGACGCGUAUGUUAGUGGAGUCAUGGAUGGGGAGGCUGUGUCAUUUGGGAAGUAUGCCCAAACGGAGGUUGCGUUGAAGUAG